AUGCACAAGCCAUAUGGCAAUAUAGCCUCACGUGCACAGGACGUCAUGUUGGCCAACAUGUUGGCUCCACCUCCUCUGGUCAGCUCUAUAUCCAUUCAUAUAUCUCCUGGAUGGGUUCCUCGAGAUGAUCGGACGGAUCACAUUGUUGACCACUGCCUCGCACACAUAUACGACAGGACCAAUCUUUGCAGAGGAGCAAGGUCGUGGAUCACGUUCUAUUUCAGGGUCGCUAAGUUGAAGCCUGGCCAAACCUACGCCAAUCUCACUGCUCAGGAAUCGAUGGAGAUGGUGCUUUUUAGUCAGUCUCCACAAAAACUCACGCAACUGUCACAGCUGUCUUUCAAAUGGGGCAAUACUUUCGUCCAUCGCGAAGCGCGCAAGGCGCCUCUUGCCAUGAGUUCCGCGGACAAGUCGUUGGCAGCCAUCAUGGCUUCGUACUUUCAUGGCACGUCGGUAGUGCGGAUGUGUGGACAGCUAUCGGCUGCGGCGCAGUGGCUAGAAGCCUUUAUGUCAGCAUGUUCGAUUAGAUCCUGA